AUGGAUAAUGAGCAACAGUCAGUAAGUAGUGAUACCGAGUUGGAAAGUGGGACACAAAGUAAUGUUAGUGACGUAGUUCAGGAAGUACAAUGUGAAAAUCUGGGGGCGGAAGGGCAAGAAAUGUUGCCAUUGCCACCCAGUGAUUCAGUUGAUAGCGGAAAUACUGUGCCAUCCGCAAGCACUGGACACGGACCAGAGAGUGGUGAGGUGUCAGAAGUGCAAUCAUUAAGAGUUAUGUUCGAGCGCAUGCUCAAUUUCCAAGCUGAAUUUGUACGCGUGCAAGCAGAGCGUGAUAGAGAACGUGAUGCUGAACAAGCAGAGCGUGACCAGAGAUUGGUAGCUGAAUUUGCAUGUAUGCAAGCAGAACGCGAUAAAGAACGUGAUGCUAAACAAGCAGAGCGCGAUAAAGAACGUGAUGCCAAACAAGCAGAGCGCGAUAGAGAACGUGAUGCUAAACAAGCAGAGCGUGACCGACGCCUGCAUGAGAGGGACUUGCAGUUGAUGCAAACUUUAGAAGUUAUGCAAAGUGAGAUUGUUAGUUUGAAACAAAAACAUGAAACCAUACCCAAAACGGUGCAAGAAUUAAGCGAAAGAGUAGAUAGUGUUCAAGUGGCUAACGCCAAUAUCGUAGAGGAAAUCAGUGUCCUGACUAAUAGGGUCGAACAACUAGAAAUUGACACAACUCAAGUAAUUGAGAACAAAGUGAUCGAACAAGUGCACAAAGUAGAAAAUGAAGUCAUAAAAGAAAUAGAUCAGAAAGUGCACGCCGCAAUUGAGGCCAGAGAUGUGGGCUCAAGUUAUACAUUGUAUAUAAGCACAGAAGAUAAGAAUAGCAGGGUGCAACCUUACCAGGUGCGCUCAGAAAAGGAAAGAAAAAUAUAA